UGGUGAAGAGGCCCUACACGUCCCAAAUAAACAUACAGCAAUGGCGGUCAUCACAUCUCAGCCUCGCACGGAAAGGGAUUCUACUGUGGCACGAAGCACAUGGUGAUCGCCCUCACCGAGGCGCUGCGGCAGGAGCUGAGGCAGACCAACUCCAACAUCAGGAUAUCAUCCAUCAGUCCCACCCUGGUGAAGACUGAGUGUCUCUUGAACAGUGGUAUAAGCGAGGAAGCAGUUAGGCUCCUCUACAAUCAGUACCCAAGCUUGGAGGCAGACGACAUCACUGAGACGCUCAUCCAUGUGCUGUCCGCGCCGCCACACGUGCAGGUGAAUACAUGUUUUGUUGUGCCCUCCCCCCCCCUCCAUGACAGUGGUCCUCGCACCCUUACACGAACCCUGUGA